AUGAAAUUUCAGAAGGUGAAUUUUAGAGAUGCCAGCUGUGGCUCUUUACAACUUCCAGAUGCUGUGACUGCUGCUGUUACAGUGUGGCACCUGCUACAAGCUCUUCAUUUCUUUACACUGUAUCAUCUUGUUGGUAUUAGGCGGUUGGCGGCCGACUUCCAGCGGGCGCAGUUCGCCGAGGCCACGCAGAGGUUGUCAGAGCGGAACUGCAUUGAGAUUGUGACUAAAUUGAUUGCUCAGAAACAGCUAGAAGUAGUUCAUACACUUGAUGGCAAGGAAUAUGUUACUCCGGCCCAAAUUAGUAAAGAAAUGAGAGAUGAGCUACAUAUCCGAGGUGGUCGGGUAAACAUUGUUGAUCUGCAACAGGUAAUUAAUGUGGAUCUGACUCAUAUUGAAAAUAGAAUUGGUGACAUUGUUAAAUCAGAAAAGCAUGUUCAGCUAGUGUUGGGACAGCUGAUAGAUGAAAACUAUUUGGAUCGGUUAGCAGAAGAGGUAAAUGAUAAAUUGCAAGAAAGUGGUCAGAUAACCAUAUCAGAGCUGUGUAAAACCUAUGAUCUUCCUGGGAACUUUCUCACACAGGCACUAACUCAGCGACUAGGUAAAAUUAUUAAUGGACACAUUGAUCUUGAUAACAGAGGAGUAAUAUUUACUGAAGCUUUUGUAGCUCGACAUAAAGCACGCAUCCGUGGACUGUUCAGUGCUAUUACCCGGCCGACAGCAGUGAAUUCUUUGAUAUCAAAAUAUGGAUUUCAGGAGCAGCUUCUUUACUCUGUCCUUGAAGAACUUGUUAAUAGUGGACGCUUACGAGGCACUGUGGUUGGUGGGAGACAAGAUAAGGCAGUGUUUCUACCUGACAUUUAUUCCAGAACACAGAGUACUUGGGUGGAUUCCUUUUUCAGGCAGAAUGGCUAUCUAGAAUUCGAUGCUUUGUCCAGACUGGGAAUCCCAGAUGCUGUGAGCUACAUAAGGAAAAGAUACAAGACUGCACAACUCUUAUUUUUGAAAGCAGCUUGUGUUGGUCAAGGACUUGUGGAUCAGGUGGAAGCAUCGGUAGAGGAAGCCAUCAGCUCUGGAACAUGGGUUGAUAUUGCACCUCUGCUACCCAGUUCUUUAUCAGUUGAAGAUGCUGCAAUGUUGCUUCAACAAGUGAUGAGAAAAUUCAGCAAACAGCCUUCAGCUGUAGUCUUUAGUGACACUGUUGCAGUCAGUGAAAAAUUUAUAAAUGACUGUACAGAACUCUUCAAUGAACUGAUGCACCAAAAAGCUGAAAAGGAAAUGAAAAAUAAUCCGGUUCAUUUAAUCACUGAAGAAGAUCUGAAACAAGUCUCCAUUUUAGAAAGUAGUAAUACAAGUAAAAAGGAUAAAAAAGAUGAACGAAGAAGGAAAGCAACAGAGGGCAGUGGAAGUGUGAGAGGAGGAGGUGGGAGCAAUGCCAGAGAGUACAAAAUUAAAAAAACCAAGAAGAAAGGAAGAAAAGAUGAUGAUAGUGACGAUGAGCCAUCUCACACUGGAAAGAAGAAGCCAGAGAUCACUUUUAUGUUCCAAGAUGAGAUUGAAGAUUUUUUAAGAAAACGCAUACAAGAUGCGCCUGAGGAGUUUCUUUCUGAACUAGCUGAGUACUUAAUAAAACCUCUUAAUAAAAUUUACCUUGAGGUGGUACGUUCAGUAUUCAUGUCUUCAACAACUUCUGCCUCUGGAACUGGCAGAAAGCGCACAAUCAAGGACUUGCAAGAAGAGGUUUCAAACCUAUACAAUAAUAUUCGAUUAUUUGAAAAGGGGAUGAAGUUCUUUACAGAUGAUACCCAGACUGCCCUUACCAAGCACUUGCUAAAGACAGUCUGUACUGAUGUCACUAAUCUCAUUUUCAACUUCUUAGCUUCGGAUUUAAUGAUGGCAGUUGACGAUCCUGCAGCCAUUACAAGUGAAGUAAGAAAAAAAAUUUUGAGUAAAUUAUCAGAAGAAACUAAAUUAGUCCUCACAAAACUCCAUAGCUCCUUGAAUGAAAAGAGCAUAGAAGACUUUCUUUCUUGUCUGGAUUCUGCAGCAGAAACUUGUGAUAUUAUGGUGAAAAGGGGAGACAAAAAAAGGGAAAGGCAGAUUCUGUUCCAGCAUCGACAAGCACUGGCUGAACAGCUAAAAGUCACAGAAGACCCUGCUCUUAUCCUGCACCUCACAUCAGUCCUGUUGUUUCAGUCCUCAACCCACAGCAUGCUCCAUGCACCUGGAAGAUGUGUCCCACAGAUCAUCGCUCUUCUUAAGAGUAAAAUUCCAGAGGACCAGCAUACACUUUUGGUAAAGUAUCAAGGAUUGGUUGUAAAGCAUUUAGUUCAUCAAAAUAAGAAGACUGGGCAGGAAGAGGAUCCCUUGAGUAAUGAAUUAGACAGUGAAGAAGAAGAUAGCACCAGUACUACUCGGAAAGAGCUUCAAGAACUUUCUUCCUCCAUUAAAGACCUUGUUCUCAAAUCCAGGAAAUCAUCUAUGACAGAAGAGUAAUGAACUUAAUUUACUUUUGCCAUGUAGUAAACCUUUUUCCCAAAGUUAUUGCUGAGUUAUAAAUAAUGUUUAUUUCACAAUCUACAAUCUCCCAUUAGCCCACAAUUUAGUUAAAACAGUACUGUUGUAUUCAUUGUAAAUUUUAUAAAAAUGUGAAUUUUUGUAAAUUGAGUUCUCCAUGGAAGAUUUCUUUAGACAUUUUAAUUCUAAAAAUUAUACAUUUAUUUUCUUUCCGUGUACUGAAUGAAGAAUAAAUUUUCUGAUGUCUUUCAUUUCUAGGCAGGGGCUCAUUUGUUGUGUUAUAUUUCUAGUGACAUCAUAUUUUUACAUUAUAGGCAAAAAUUUAAAAUGUGGUCAUGUUUUUUUAAAA